ACUAUGCUGUUUUAUUACUCCUGGCCAAAUUAUUUCCUGCGAAAGUUGGAGAUUUGGUCUGAAAACAAGCAGAAAUUCUUGUAGAAAUCACAUGUGACUGCGGCAACUGCAAUGAAACCUUCUCCUCGAAAUGUUUGCCUCUCAUUCCGGCACAUGCGCAAGAGCAGUCCCACUAGUUACCAGCUGGUUAUCAACGCCCGCCUUUGGAGCUGAGAUGAGAACAUCCGCCUCUCUCGGAGAGUUGGAGAGAGCCACCAAACAUGUUUUGAUCCGACUACUCCAUCGACAGCCACCUUUUCGGGUUUCCCGAUAACAGCUCAGCACUGUAGACGGCAAACGGCAUUAUCCUCCAGAGCCAGAGCCAAAAACCAAAACCUGGCAUCCCCGUCCGCUGGGGCGACAGUUGACGUCGCGAUUCCGAACCGAUUGGAUUGGAUUUUCCCAUCUCCGGGAAGGAAAGGAAGCCGAAAAACUCCUCCAACAAGAAGAACGCGUGAACUUGUGCCGAGCAAACGGUCGCGUCGUGAAUGAGUUUGGUGAAAGCGAACAGAAAACAACAACAGCAGAGCAGGAGGAUAAUCUCCAUACCUACUGAUGGGUAUUGUCCCGUGAUAGCUCCGGAGUCGUUACAGCAGCCGUGGUCCCGGUGUUGUCGACUUGACUCGACGGACGAGGAGGUACGGCGCGGGGCGUCGCGCGCGCAGUGCGGAUAAUUCGAUAGGUGCAAUUUUCACGGUGAUUGCUUGAGUGGUCUUUGUUGUUCGUCGAUUGAGAAUGACGAGAAGGACUCGUCGUCGUCGUUGCUGACAGGGAACGAUUUUCCACCAAUUUUGGUCAAUUGCGGGAAACCCGCCCAAACAGGAUCUUGGCGGCACCAUCACCGUUGGGUUCGAUUGGAGUGAAUGACAAUACGGUUUGAGUGUUUUGGGAGUUUUAGGGUAUUGUGGCAGGCGUCGGUACCGCAUCUAACUGUAUUUCGCUCCGCGAUGUAAGUCAGGUUGCAGUUCUGAUCGUUCAAAUUAGUGUCUGAUACAGUAGCGUAUUUGGAAGAAAUCUUAAGGAUUACCGUACAUCUGAGUUGAGUGACUGUAUUGUUCCGGGCGUCGGUACUGCACGUGAACGUGUUUCACUCCUUGAGACAACACCGAAAUCAUUCAAAUCGGUUGAUGUAACGAUACGAUUGAAAGGCUGUCGUACACCUGUAUCCAGUGGCUGCAUAGUGGCGGGCGUCGGAACCGUACCUUGUUGUGUAUUAUUCCACGAAGCUCCAUUGUGGCCGGAAAGUUUUGUUAUUAGUUCUUUAUCUCCAGUUUGUGCUAUUCUUCGCGGAUCGCCGGAGUUGUUGUUGUUGCCGUGUUGUCGGCGUUGCUGAUGUUCUUCCCAUUUUUGCUGAAAGCCGGCAGCAUUACAUAAAGAACAAAGUUUUCCGCACAGUUUUACCCAAGCUGAAAGCCGCGAACGGGGUUGACUCCGGUGCCAGUCACCACCGGGGAGGCGUUCCACCCCGAAGGACAUUGUUGCCUUUCUUCUUCGGGAAAGUGAUCCAGCGUGUCGCACCGUCGUCAUGAAUAUUUUACCGGUGUGCUUCGCCUUUGCUGCGAUUUCCUGUCAGUCAGUGCAAAAAUAAUAUUCCUCCAACUCGAUACAACAGUCAGUUGGGAAGAAGCUUUCACAAACGGGAGAAAAAAAUAUAGUAGCAAAGCAGAAUAUCAUAAUAGUCGUUAAGAAUAAAGAAAAUAUAAUUGAAACGUGUUUCCGCGAGAGCGAAGAGGGAAAAAGUGUUGCAAGAGUUGCCAUAAAAAAAGGAGCCGGAGGAAAUUAAAAGAAGCUACUAUUCUCUCGGCGAGUAGCCGAGAAGCCAAGAAAUACAAGGAAAAAAGUGAAUGAUUUAUUCAGUGGAUCUCGCCUGGUUUGGAGGAGCAACGAGCAGCAACAGCAAGGUGAAGGUGGUGCGAAAACUGUAAAUCAAGCGGAACGACGACGACUCGACUCGACUCGACUCCGACGAAUAUGAAUGCGAAAGCAGAAGUUGGGAGACCAGAUCGUCUUCAUCAUCAUCAGUAUCAGCAUCAGCGGAAGCAGUGAAAACGUCGCCGUCAUCUUCGGUGGCUGCCAGUGCCAUGCCGGUGCGGUGUCAAGUGUAGAAGUCUCUGAAAGCAGUGGUUCGUGCGGGGUUGUAGUGGUUUUGUUUUUAUGUGAGCCAGAGCGAAAGGAUUCCAAGAAGGAAGAAAAGAACAUUUAAGGAGAAGUGUUUUUGGCGUUUGGGUUCUUUGUCCGUGGCAGCAACGGUGGCGGUGUUUGAGCAGCUGGAGGAGUAGUUUAAACCGUGGAAGAAAGAUUCAUCUUUCGUAAUUCAAUAGAUCUCCAAGCAACGGGAGUGUCCGGAGUGUCUGAGUGUGUUUCGUGAGUGUGUCUGUGUGUGAAUUUCUGUGGCAAGGACGACCAGGCGGCGACGUAGCAGCCACCACCAUUCAGCAGCAAUGAUAGCCUUCACCCGACAACAGCAGCCGCAGCACCGAUGGACAGUUUUAAUACCGCUCCUAACGAUAGGAUUCCUGAUUCGGACAUGUCACUGCAACCUGCCGCCGAUUUUCACCCAGGACAUGAACAACCUGGCCCUGCCGGAAACGACUCCGGUGGGGAGCGUUGUGUAUCGGCUGGAGGGCUACGAUCCGGAGGGCGGUAACGUCUCGUUCGGGCUGCUCGGUUCCGACAACUUUAUGGUGGACCCGAUCAGUGGCGACGUCAAGGUGAUAAAACCGCUUGACCGUGAGGACCAGGACACCCUGUCCUUCUCGGUGACCAUCAAGGAUCGCGUCAGCUCCACGGGAAUUGACUCCGAGAACGACAACGUGGUCAACGUUCCCAUCACGAUAAUUGUCCUGGACGAAAACGACAACCCACCGGAGUUUCGCAAUGUCCCCUACGAAACGGAAGUCCUGGAGGAUGCCAAGCCCGGCACCACCGUAUUCAGCGACAUCCUGGUCACCGAUCGGGACACCGUCGGAGAUAACCUGCUGGUCAACUGCAUACCACAGCCUCUCAAUCCGGAUGCCUGCGAGAAGUUCGCCAUCGAAACCAUCGAGAGCGGCCAGGAUCGGCUGACGGCUGCGGUGGUACUCAAAGGCCGGCUGGACUACAACGAACGGAUGAUCUACCAGAUACUGCUGGAUGCUACCGACGGGAUGUUCAACGCCACUGCCGGGCUAGAAAUCCACGUAAAGGACGUCCAGAACAGCCCGCCGGUGUUUCAAGGUUCGCUAGCUGCGGUCAUCAACGAGGACAGCAAGAUUGGCACGCUUGUGAUGACGAUUCACGCGAGGGAUGGCGAUCGCGGUCAACCCAGGAAGAUCGUGUACGAGUUGGUGACGAACCCAAUGGAUUACUUCCUGCUGGAUCGCCAAACCGGAGAACUACGAACGGCGAAGCCGCUCGACAAGGAAGCCCUCCCGGAUGACACCGGGUUGAUCAUUCUGACGGUCAAGGCUCGUGAGCUGAUCGACGGAAUUCCCGGCAACGAUAACCUAACUACGGCGACGACGCAGGCAUCGAUCACUAUCCGCGAUGUGAACGAUUCUCCGCCGAUGUUCAACAAAAAGGAAUACUUCGUAUCUCUGUCUGAAAACACGGCCCCGGGAACUCCGCUCCCGAUCGAAAUGAGCGUCCAUGAUCCGGAUGUCGGAGAGAAUGCCGUAUUCUCUCUGCGCUUGAACGACGUGUCCGAAGUGUUCGACGUGGAGCCCAAAUUGGUGACGGGAUCGUCGCAGAUCAGUAUCCGCGUGGCGAAUGGUUCCCUAGAUUACGAAAACCCCAAUCAACGGAAGUUCAUCGUACUGGUGAUCGCGGAAGAAACCCAGACCAAUCCCAAGCUGUCCUCGACAGCUACCCUAACGGUGUCCAUCACCGAUUCAAACGACAACCGUCCGAUCUUUGAGCAGGAUUCGUACUCCACCACCGUAUCGGAAACGGCCCACCCCGGCCAUCUAAUCACGACCAUUACCGCACGUGAUCUAGACUCUGGACACUUCGGUGAUCAAGGUAUCCGGUAUUCCCUAUCGGGCACGGGAGCAGAGCUUUUCAACGUCGACCCGAUAACCGGUGCCAUCACGGUAGCUGACUGCCCCGCCACGGACAGCGACAACAACCGAAGACGUCGUCGCCGUCGCCAGAUCCCGACGUCCGAUGAACUCACCCAAGACUUCCCGGAAAUGAAACGCUUCAACGUGUCCACCGAUGGACGCACGGGCGUCCUGGAUCGCGGCGUAGACUACAUGGCCUACAAGGUGUACAACAGCGGCGAAUCGAACGAGUACCGAGACGUGAAUGUGGUCGCCCCUCCAACCGUUUCCAGCAGCUGGGAAAUGUCCAGUUCGGAGGAAAGCGACCCCACGGCACCGGCCACGGAAUCGGAAGAAUACUUCACCCCAUCGAGCACCCACACCCCGAUCCACUCGAACGAGAUCCAACACCGGGCGGACAUUGGCCCAGGGCGGGCACCCUGCCUGGACUACGAAAACCAGUCCGUGUACUACCUUUCGUAUAAGGCCACCGAUGACGAAGGGCGCGGCCAGACGUCAGUCGUUUCGCUUCGGAUCACGCUGUUGGAUGCGAACGAUUCGCCGCCGGUUUGCGAGAGUCCACUCUAUAGAGCAUCUGUGGAUGAGGGGGCCACCGUAUUCGAGCCACCGCUCGUUAUCAAGGCCCGCGAUCCGGAUGUGGUGUCGGAAAUUAACUACCGCAUAAUCGGCAACGAAGCAAUUACGCGCCAUUUCGAAAUCGACAAACGAUCCGGCCAGCUAACAAUCUCCAAGAGCACCGCCCUAGAUGUGAACCAUCUGAAGUCGGAGAAUGUGUUCUUCGCCGUGGAGGCAAGCGAUGGCCUUUUCACCACCCUGUGCAACGUGAACAUCACCAUCCGGGACGUGAACAACCAUGCACCGCAGUUCUCCCGGGAGCACUAUCUGGCCUCGAUCGAGGAGAACUUCCCGAUUGGCACCCGAGUCGAACGUUUACAGGCAAUCGAUUUGGAUACCGGCAUCAACGCCGAGAUCAGGUACCGCAUCCAGCAGGGAAGCUUCGAUGACUUUGCCAUCGACAACGGAACCGGGGUGGUGACCAUCGCCCGCAAACUGGACUACGACCGGCGCAAUACCUACCAGAUGGAAAUCGUGGCGGCGGAUUUGGGGACGCCGAGCCUUUCGGGGACGACCACCCUGACGGUCAGUAUCAUCAAUAGCAACGACAAGGCGCCCUAUUUUACGCCGACCACACAGCGGGCGGAAAUUUCCGAGGACGCCGAGGUGGGCACCCUGGUGCAUACGCUGGUGGCACUGGAUCCGGAUGUGGCGUCCAGCGAAGCGUUGGAUUAUGCGGCGACCGAACCGAUCACUGCGGUCGAUAAGGACGGGAAGGAGGUGCGCGAUACGGAGGAUUUUAAGGAUAUGUUCCGAAUCGAUCGGACCGGCAAGGUGUUUGUCCACCGGAAGCUGCAGCGGGAUGAUUUUGCGGUGAUUCGAAUCACGGUGCUGGUAACAGAUACGACCGCCCCCUCCAUCCAGCAGGGUGAGGGACUACUCAUAAUCACAAUCAUCGACGUGAACGAGGAACCACCGAUGUUUGUGCCGCCGUGGACUCCGGAGGAUCCCCGCUACCGGUUCCAGGUGCUAGAGGAACAACCGAUCGGUACCAUCCUGACAACGAUGCAAGCAACAGAUGCCGACUCGACCGUCGCCGAGUACCGGAUGACAGAUAACAGCCAUUUCGAGAUAAACAACAUAACAGGUCUGAUCCGUACCAAAUCCCGUAUCGAUUACGAGCAAACGCCAACCGUCCAGUUCAACGUCACCGUGGUGGACACGGGCAUCCCGCAACUCACAUCCACCGCCGAGGUAACGGUCGACAUCAUCAACACCAACGACAACGAUCCGGCUUUCGAUGAGCCCGAGUACGAAAUGUCCGUCGUGGAGAACGCACCGACCGGAACGGUGGUCGGUACGGUUUCUGCCCGGGAUGCCGACUCGGGCCCGUACGGCCAAAUCACCUACUCGCUGGUCGGUGACCACAGUGCCGCCAGCUUCGCCAUCGAUCCGGACACCGGUGCCAUCACGGUGCGGGACGGCACAGCGCUGGACCGCGAGCGGACGACAGAAAUCGGCCUCACUGCCAUCGCCACCGAUCGGGCCCCGGACGGAACCAGUCGGUCCACCACGGCACCGGUCACCGUCAAGCUGCUCGACGAGAACGACAAUGUGCCGACCUUCUCGCAGAAGAUUUAUCACGCCACGGUAGCGGAAAAUGCGGCACUCAAUCCACCGGCAGCAAUCUUGCAGGUACUGGCCACCGAUCCGGACGAGGGCCCGGCCGGGGACGUGAAAUAUAGCAUCAUCGGUAGCGAUAUUGAAAACACCUUCCGGCUGGACGCAAACUCGGGCAUCCUGUAUCCGUACGCGAGCCUGCUGGGACUUGAUGGCAACUACCGCAUCCAAAUCGAAGCCCGCGACGGCCUCGGGUCCGGACCUCACAGCGAUCUGGCCGAAAUCAAAAUCGAAAUCCAGAGCAUCAACCAGCAUCGUCCGAUUUUCAUCAUGCCAGCGCUGUCCAACGCCACGGUGGAAAUCCCCGAGAAUUUAGCGAUGACGGAUUAUCUCGUGAUGACGGUCAAAGCGAACGAUAGCGACGAGGGAACGAACGGCAAAGUUUUGUACCAUCUGCAGGUCAACAACCAGAACGUCCAGGAAACAGACGAGUUCAUCAUCAACGAGAUGUCCGGAGAGCUGCGCAUCCGCAAGCCCCUCGAUCGCAAGAAGCAGGCCCGCUUCGAGCUGAUCCUGGUAGCCCGUGAUCAGGGCACUCCAGCAUGGUUCGAAACGCUACGGUUCCUAACCGUCCUUCUGGUGGACGUCAACGAGAACCAUCCGGAGUUUCCGGAUGCGUCCAAUCCGUACCGGUUCUUCAUCGCCGAGAACAGCCCUCGGGACAUCCGGAUCGGCAAAAUCCAGGCCUACUACGAUAUGCCCGAUCCGAAGAUCUACUACUACAUGCUGCUCGGCAACGAGGACGGUGCGUUCUACGUGGACAAAACCACCGGCGACAUCUACACCAACAAAACGCUGGACCGCGAGGAGGCCGAUGUCUACGCUCUGUAUAUUCAAGCCAGCAAGAAGCAGGACCUACUGAUCACCGAACGCGACCGGAUGAUGAUGUCGAUCAAAAAGCUGGAACGGGACAGUACAGUGGCCAAAGUUUGGAUCACAGUCCUGGAUGUUAAUGACAAUCCGCCAGUCUUCAAACAAGAGGUCUACUACGCCGGAGUGAGCUCGAAGGCCACCAUUAACGAACUGGUCACCAUCGUUAACGCAACCGAUCGCGAUCUGGGAGUCAACUCCACCAUGGAGCUGUUCAUCAGUGGAUCAUAUCUGUAUAAAUACGGAGCUACCAAGACAACGGGAAGUAUCGUCCCGAGUCCCUUCAGCAUUACCAAGGACGGUCGAAUCAACACUGCGACCUACAUGGCCGAGUACAACCAGGAUCGGUUCAUUCUAGAUAUCGUAGCCAAAGAGGUCGAGUCUCCGGAACGUGUAGCCACUGCCAAGGUCUACGUCUGGAUCUUCAACCCGGAACAACUGGUUCGGGUGAUUUUGUCCAGGCCUCCGUCUGAAGUACACAUGGAGCGAGAUGAGAUCAUAUCCGAACUGUCGAACGCUACACAGAAGUUAAUAAUUGUCGACGAGAUUCGGUACCACGUGGAUAGCUUAGGUCGCAUCCGGAUGGAUUGGUGCGAUAUGUACUUCCACGCGAUCGACAUGAGCUCGCAGACGAUCGUGUCGGUGGAGGAGAUUCUGCGGGAGAUCGACGCCAAGUAUGAUUUCCUACAGGAUUACAACGCCGGCUUUUCGAUCGAGAACGUGGUCCCGGCCUACGCAACCAACGUGCAGGACGAGUUCGAUCUGGCCCUGGCUGCGAUAAUCGCUCUGCUGAUAGUGCUGUUUGUCGGUGCCGUCAGCUUCAUCGUCCUGUGCUGCUGCCUCAAACAUUGGGUCAUUACGAUUCCGAAUGAAACCAGAAGAAAGGACGCCUUGAUCAAAAAGCAGAUUAUCGAAGAUUUAAAUACGACCGAGAAUCCACUUUGGAUUGAGCAGAAAUUAAAGCUCUACGAGGAGCAGGAACUGACGAUGCAAGUGUUUUCCGAGCCGGAAUUGACGCAACAGCACCACCAACAGCAGCAGCAGUUGAACAACUCGAACAACACAUCGUCGUCGAUGGCCAGCCACCAGCAUCAGCACCAGCACCACGCGAUGCAACAGCAGGAACAGGCCCUGGUCCUGGGGCUGGAUCGGCGGGAUUCGUACCCGGAACUGGUGUCCCAGGGGGGUGGCGAUAACACGUACGCCACCAUCCAGCCACGCAAUUAUGCGUCCAAUCUGAGCUCGUUGCUGAUGGGCACCAGCGGGAUUGGCGGGGGCGGAAACGGUGGUGUCAGUCAGGGUGGUACGGGAGGCGGUCCUGCAGGCGGUCUGAGCGGAGAAAUGUCGGAUUAUGCGACAUUGCGAAACAGCAGGGCACCCUCGAUGUACGAGUUCCGAGGGUCCACCUUUCAGGUACAGCAGCCAAGCGGCGGCGGCGGACCAGCCGGCACUGACCAGCCCGAUUACGUGACGGAACUGAUUUAAGAGUGGAGUCGGAGGUUCAUCGGAGCGACAUCGACCCAACCCAAUCCAACCGGAAACGACUCACCUUCGAAAAGUGCAACAUCAGUGGAACAAAAAUCGUUUUAACCCCUUGAGGUGGACGAGAGUGCGGGAGGUCCAUUUGGGGUUUUAGGAUAGGAUAUCGUAUAGGAAGAGGGACCGCCGGACAAACGUUUGGACAAAAUGGAAAGAAAUGCUCAAUCUGUUGUGUUUGACACCCCGAAUGAAAUACUCAAAAGAGGAAGGAAGUUUUAUGUGGAAAAAAAUGACGUGGAAGUUUUAAGAUAACCGAUGGGAGAGGUACACAGAUUACAAAAAAGACACUCUUUGAUAGACAAUAAAUAGGAGAUAUCUUAAAAGGAUAGUAUUUAUGACGAAGGAGAUGUAGGUACGACGUUGAUGAGAAUUUCGGUGGGUAUGAGUGUCGUCGCACCCAGCAGAUAUGGAAUAGGUUUACUCCGUUAGGUAUAGUUGAUCUUAUUGAACUUGCAUAAAAUACAUAAAAAUUCUCAUUUCUCUAAAAACAUUAAAUUAUCCAUUAUGUUUAAAAUUUAUUAAUUGAAACGAGCUCACCAGCACCCGUAAUGAAUUAAUUUUAAAGCCGUUCAAUAUGGGAUUAUUCCAAACGGAGUAAACCUUAUUGCAUAAUUUCGCGCGCGUACUCACACUCCGUGUUUAAGUUGUUAUGAAAUUAAGUUUUAAAGAUCGCGGAUUAAGGGAUGAUCGUCAGGAAUCAAUCACGACAACCCCACACGAUGCUCCCCUAGCAAUAAAAGGUGCCAACUGGAGAACUACAUUGACUCGUGAAAAACCUGGCAGCUCAGAGACCAGAUACUUCGUGGUGAUGGCGACGCCGACGUUGGCGCCGAUUUCGACAAGCUCAUUAUAAUUUCUCCCAUUUUCUGCCAAUUACCACCGCCGGCAACAAACGCCAGCAUUCGCUCGUUCGCGGCACCACGGCUCACACGUGGUUGGUCACAACGAUGUACCUAUACGGCACGCGCCCGCGUGGGUUAAACAAAUGAAUGCAAUUAAAAAUUACGCAAAUCGAAAUCGAGAGGGCGCGCACCGCACACACACGAGUGGGCGGAAAAAACUGCGCACGGUUAAUCAAAAGCAUAAAUGGAGGAAUGAACACGGCGAAUGGUGGUUGAAUCGACGGUCGAAAGAAUCGGAGGUCGAAACGGGUUGAUUCUCAAACAGCGAAGCAAGCACUGACUAGAAUUAUUCAGGGGGAAAAUUCGUGCAAGGUUGUGCAGAAAUUCCUACACAGUUUUCAUCAAAAAAUUAGUUCUAGCGUGGAUGUCUGUUCUCUGUGAUAAAAAUCGUUGAAGGGUUUUCGCAAAAUAAUGAGAAAGUUAUCUAAGAAUUACGAGAAGACUCCCUUUGAAAUCCUGCCAGGGGUCUCUUCUGAUUCCUGAUUGCUCAGAGGAUUCCUAUCGCAAUCCUGAUGUUCUGUUGAAUCUUGAAAGGAUUCUCGUCUGAAUGCUGAAAGGCGUCUUCUCAGAAUCCAGUGAGGAUUUUUGUAAGAGCCAUUAGAAGAUCCUCUGCGGGAUCCUAAGAAAAUUCUUUUUCGAAAUCUGAAGAGGGUUUUUUCCGAAUUUUGAGAGGACUAGAAAAAAAAAACUCAAAUUUCCUAAGACACAGUGUGUGUUUAAUUGACAAAGAAAAAAAGAGAAAAAAUCGUGGAAGAUGGACUCGGUUAGGAUGGUGCUUUGAACCCAGUUUGACCUUCUAUUUUGCAGAAUCGUAACUUGUUCUGUGGCUUAGUCGGUUGAAGCGCUGGACUAGCGAAACAGAGUCGUGGGUUCGAAUCCCACCAAAACGAAUGGUGUUUUUUUUUUCUACAAAUCAAUCUCUCAAUUUGUCAAUUAAACACACACUGUCUUCGCUGAAUUAGAGAUUUAACGUCUAUUUCAGACAUACCACAUGAUCGGUAGAGCCUUCAAAGAGCAAUAUAAUUAUCUUCUUUGAGAGUACUCUCACAGGCAUCCUGAGAUAAAUUGCUUCGAUAUGUUUAGUUUAUGUUUGGAAGUUCUACGAGGAAUAAUUAGGACAUCCAGAGCGGAUUCUUUCCGAGAUCUUGGGAGUAAUACCUUCGGAAUUCUGAGUGGACUUUAUGUUGGCCACAAAGACGAAUUCAAACACGUUUUAUUUCAAGAAACGAAAGAACAACUUUAUUGUGAACGCGUCGUUUGUAAGUUCACAUACGAAUGACAAAAUGGUUUCUCUUGGUUAGGCUCAACUCCGCAAUGCUGUGUAGACCUGUCGGCUCCGUAGAAGGCUUGGAGACCCCAGUUGGCCGAAGGGCGAGCCGAUAUACGAUGCAUGUUUUAACACAUUAUAUGAAUCCUGUGAAAACUAUUUCCAGAAUACUGAGAAGAGGAAACGUGAGAUAUUUUUUUUACUAAGAGCUCGUACGAUUCUUAACAAAAUUAAAGAAGUCUCUCUCUCUCUCUCUCUUCUUGGCGUAACGUCCUCUUUGGGACAAAGCCUGCUUCUCAGCUUAGUGUUCUAUGAGCACUUCCACAGUUAUUAACUGAGAGCUUCCUCUGCCAAUGACCAUUUUGCAUGCGUAUAUCGUGUGGCAGGCACGAAGAUACUCUAUGCCCAAGGAAGUCAAGGAAAUUUCCUUUACGAAAAGAUCCUGGACCGACCGGGAAUCGAACCCAUCACCCUCAGCAUGGUCAUGCUGAAUACCCGUGCGUUUACCGCCUCGGCUAUAUGGGCCCUUAAAAAUUAAAGAAGUAUUCUCUGUUAAUCUCAUGUAAGUCCCGAGCAAGCUUCCACACUAAUCGCAAUCUGAUGCAUUGCUAAAUCGUGAGCGAUUUUUUUCCAACCUGAUUUUAAAUAGGAUAAAAAGGAUAUUCAAAAUGAGUUAUGUAAGGACCUCCGAAAGAACUUUGAGGCAAAUUUCUGAAAAAAAAAUUGCUCGACAAGUUUUCAAAAAUAUUCACGCUACGGAAUGAAUCUUAAAAUUUCCCGAGGUUUGGACCCUCUAAAAAGCCAUUACAAUUUAUUAUAAAUGCGUAGUAUCUUAACUCUACAAGAAAUGCCUACCUUAAGGCGUUAUUCGCAUUGUAGAGGAUGUUAAUCCUAAAUAACUCAAAAAGUUCAUAAUAUGUAGGAAUUUGGGCAACACAUUCAAAAUCAGGGACCACUAUGCAACCUAUAAUUCUCUUUCUGAAUUCUGACAUCGAAGUGUACUGAAAGGCUAUAUGUUCACUCAUAAAACGAGUUUUCGAUAGAAGGCUCGAAGGGUCAAGUCACAUAUACCUAUCAACUCAGUUUGACGAAUUGAGAUGAUUUUAAGGCACUUCCCAUUGGCCCAUUUUUCGGAUUAUAGCUCGAAUCGAACCGGAAUUUCACCGUACUGUUUGCUAUUGAGAAUGGUCCGGAUGGGUCAAGGCGUUCCAGAGUUAUGACCAUUUCAGUGGUCCGGACCAGCACCGGUAUAACUGACCGAAUACAACACUGAAUCAAGCCCCAACAUGCGACACAUCUAACUGUGGCGAUUUUUGUUACCUUUGGCAUGGUUGACAAAUGAGAAAUCAACUUGGAGACCUGAAAUUCUACGAUGUCGGCCCAAAAUUCAGGAUUGCAGUCGAAUAUUCAAUAUGGCGGUUCCAAAUUCAAGGUGGCGACUGUUUGAUAGAGUUUUGGGCUCAAAAACCAUGCAAUAUUGAUAUAUUUGGUAUGAGGAAGAUUUCCGGAAUACAACUAUGGCGACAACAAUAUCCAUGAUGAUGGUCUAAAAUCCAAGAUGGCGGCUCCAAAUUCAACAUGGCAGCUGUUUAAUGGUAUUUUAGGCCAUAUAACCAUGCAAUAUGGGUAUAUUUGGUAUGAAAAAGAAGUCUGGACUUCAAAAAUGAGCAGAAUAUCCAAGAUGGCGAUCUAAAAUCCAAGUUGGCGGCUCAAAAUUCAAGAUGGCGGUUGUUUAAUGGACUGUUCAACCAUAUCAAAUAUGGGUAUACUUGGUAUGGUGAAGAUGUCUGGAGUCCAAAAAUGACGAUUAAAAUAUCCAAGAUGGCGUCUCAAAAUUCAAGAUGGCGACUGUUUAAUGGAGUCUUAGGACCUAAACCAUGCAAUAUGGGUACAUUUGGUAUGCGGAAGAAGCAAGGGAGAAGUCUAGACUCCAAAAGUGGUGACCAGAAUAUCCAAGAUGACAGUCUUUAAUCCAAGAUGGCGACUCCAGAUUCAAGAUGGCGGCUAUUUAAUGGUUUUUAGACUCUAAAAUCAUGCACUAUGGGUAUAUUUGGUAUGUGGAAGAUGUUUAGACUACAAAAAUGGCGAUUAGAAUAUACAAGAUGGCGGUCUAAAAUCCAACAUGGCUUCAUAUUCAAGAUGCUGGUUGUUUAGUUGAGUUUUGGCACUCAAACCAAGCAAUACGAGUAUAUUUGGUAUGAGGAAGAUGUACGGAGUUCAAAAAUGGCGACCAGAAUAUCCAAAAAGGCGAUCGAAAAUUCAAGAUGGCGGCUCAACAUUCAAUAUGGCGGCUGUUUAGAGGAGUUUUAGGCUCUAAAACCAUUCAAUAUGGGUAUACUUGGUACUGGGAAUUUGUUUAGAGUCCAAAAAUUACGAUAUCCAAGAUGAAGACCAAAAUAUCUAAGAUGGCGUCUCAAAAUUCUAAAUGGCGGCUGUAUAAUGGAGAAUUAGGCUCUAAAGCCAUUCAAUAUGGGUAUAUUUGGUAUGGGGAAGACAACCUUAGUUCAAAAAUGAUGACCAGAAUACUCAAGAUGUUUGGGCUCUAAAAACUUUCAAUAUGGGCAUAACUGGUACGGGUUUUCGAAGGCACGAGAAAGGCGCCAUCGCCGCUAGGUGGAUUAAUUAGGGUUUUUCCAAUAAAAAAAUGGGUUCAAACGUGGAGCCGUGCUUCAAUAUUUUUUUUGAAAAUUUCUUCACUAUGGCAUUCUCAGUCUUCAAGUCGAGAACGAUUGGGUUCUACUUUCCCGACGUUUCGGCCGACGGGCUUUGGCCUUUCUCAAGGGUCGUAGUGUUUUCUAUCGUGUCCCGAAUGGAUUGUUGCCUAAGAAUUCGUGUUUGGCCUGCCUUUCCAUUACCUGGUGGUUUUGUAUGUUUUUUUUUUCAGUCGAAGCCCCAAUGUAACUCAGAGUAUGGAUCUGGGACCAUUCAUAAACCACGUGGAUUUUUAUUUUUCGCUCCAUACAAAUUUUAAAAUUUCUGUAUGGACGAAAGUCUACGAGGGGGGGGGGGGCUCUGAGAUGGCCAAAAUUUGGUCUUCGUGGUUUAUGAACAGUCCCUCUAGGAAACAUUCUAAUAAGUUCUUCUGGACGUGAGUUUUCUUUAGGGAUUUAUCCGGUAUUUUUCAGAAAUUUAUCCCUGUAUUUCCGUCCGCGAUUCCUCCUGAGAUGUCCUUCAGGGAUCGCUUCCGAGUUACCUUCAUUGAUUUCCACGAUUUAUCUUCUGGGAUCCCUCCUGGAACUCCUUCGAUAGUUUCCUGGGUUUUAUCCUGGAUUUCAACUAGGAAUUCCUCUAGGUUUCCUUCCGGCAUUUCUUCUCCGGGGUUUCCUAGGUUUUCUUUAUGCAUUCCGUCUUGGAUUCCUUCAGAGAUUUCUCCCGGGGCUCUUUAUCCCUUCAAAGAUUCCUUCCAGAAUCUUUCCGUGAUUCUUUCAGGAUUUUCCCCCUGCAUUCCCUGAAGGUUCCCUUUCGAAAUCCCUUCAGGAAUUCCUCCCGGGAUCCCUUCAUUGAUUUCUCCCGGAAUUUUUGGGACUUUUAACGGGAUUCUUGCUGGGAUUACUCUUGUGAUUCCUUCAGAAAUUCCUCUCAAGAUUGCUCCUGAAAUUUCUUUGGGAUUCUUUCAGGAAUUCCUCCAGAAACGCCAAAAUCUAUAGAUUUUUUUUCUGUGAUUCCUUCAGGGGUUUCUUCCAGGAUUGGAUUUGGAAGUGCUUCAGAAAUUUCUUCAGAUACUUCUUCUUGAAAUCCUUUAGAGAUUUUUCCUGGAAUUCUUUUACAUAUUUUUCCUGAAACUUCGGUAGAAAAGUCUCCUGCAAUUAAUUUCGUUUGGAAUUUCUCUAAACAUUUCUUGAGCUACUCCUCCAGGAAAUUCUUCUUGAAAUUCUUCAGAACUUUCUUGAAAUUCUUCAUGCAGGAGUUCCUUCAUGGAUUCCUCUGGAAAGUUUGCCUGAGGUUUCUCAGCUGCUUCUUCAGGGAUCCUUACGAAAAUACCUUUCGGGAUUUUUCGUGGUAUUCUUUGAGAAAUUUCUCUUGAAAUUAUUGGAGAGAUUUCUUCUAUAAUUACUUUGGAUAUUUUCCAGAAUCUCCUUCAGGGAUUCCUUUAGGAUAUCCUUCGGGGAUUCCUUCGAAAAUUCCUUCCGAAGUUCCUCGUGAAAUUAAUCCAGCGAUUCCACCUGGAAUUCCUUGUGUGAGUUCUUUAGGAGUUCCAUCAGAGAUUUCUCUUGAAGUUCCUGUCUUGUUUCCUUCAGGAGUUCCUUAUGUGGUUUCCUGAAGUUCUUACAGUAAUUCCUCCAAGAGUUUUUCCAGGGAUUCCUCCAGGAUCUUCUUCUGGGAUUCUACCAGCAGCUCCUCCAGGAGACAUGUUUCAGUGAUUCUUGCAGGAGGUGUUACAGGAAUUUCCCUGGGGUUGCUUCAAGGAUUCCUCUUGGAGUACACUCAGGGAGUCUUCUAGGAGUCUCUUUGGGGAUUCCUCUAUCAAUUUCUUCGAGUUUGCUCUAGGUUAGCCCAGCUUGACAGAAGAUUCGGCUUUUAAACGAUCCAUGUUCUUUGCAAUGCGCAGAAACAAACUCCGAUGCUUUCGAAAACGCUUUUCAAACUUCAUGAUUAAAAAAAAAAAUCCGCAAUAAUAUUUCGAGCCUUUGAUUUUUUUUUCUAUAUUUCUUAAGUAUGGAUUUUUGAAUUACUUAAAUAAACUAGAUUUUUUGUGAGAAUUUCCAGGUUUUUAAAUUUUAAAAUAAUAUUUUUUUAAUGUUCAAAUUUUGUUCUCAUUUUUUUUCUUUUUUUAACAUUCUAAUAACCAACCCCGCGGGGUUUAGUUUAAGCAUUUUUAUUUUUUUUUUGUUGCUUGGCUGAUGUCUGGGAUUACCUCCAAAUGUUUUUUUUUGUGGAAAUACACCAUGUUUACGUUUAAAAGAAUUUAAAAAAAAAUAUGAUUUUGUCACCUUUCACAUGUUAUUGUUUCUUUUGUAUUGGAUUACAACAAUUAACAAAUUUUAUAUUUUUCCUCAAUAAUUCUAUUAUAGUAAAAGAGUUUGAGGGAGUUGAAUAAAUUUUGAAAUAAUUUUUCCUAAAGUUAAACGGAAAAUUAAAUUUACCAUGAAAAAAUUUAAAAAUAGAAAUAUUUCAUUGAAAUUAUAAAUUCUUAAAAUGUUUUUAUCUUGAAAAAUCGGUAUUCCAAAUAAGCUUCUAGAAAAAAUAUAAAAGUGUAGGGAUAUUUAAGAAUAGGAAUAAGCAAAUAAAAAAAAUAGCGGACCUGGUGUAAUGGUUAGAACACUUGACUAUCACGCCGAGGAACUGGGAUCGAAUCCCACUCCCGACAAACUCGCAAAUUGGGAGUUCUUCCUUCGGAAGGAAAGUAAAGCGUGGGUCCCGAGAUGAACUAGCCUAGGGCUAAAAAUCUCGUUAAUACAGAUAAAAAAAACAAAAAUUCAAAAAAUUACGAAUUAAAAUUUUUUUUUCCAAAACAUGGUUCUUACGAUUUUAGAUGCCGAAAAAUCAUAUUUAGAUCGGAAUAAAAAAUUGAUAUUAGAAGGUUUAGAGUUGCAGCCAGAAUUCUUCCAGGGAUUUCUCCAAAAUUCCCUCAAGAAUUUGGUCCCGGAGAUUGUACAAUAAAUCUUUGUUUGGUUUUUCUCCAGGUUUCUUCAGGAAUUCAAGCUGAAAAGUCUCCAGAAAAUUUUGCUACGAAGCCUGAAGAAAUUUCUACUGUUGUUCUUCCAAAAAUUUCUUCGGAAGUUUCUCAAGGAAUAUUUCUAGCGAUUUUCAUAAGAAUGCCUUGAGAAGUUAUCCUGAGAAUUAUGUCUUGAGAUUCCUUCAGAAACUCCUACUGAGAAUCCUGCGAAAAUGCUUGCUCGUACUCCUGAAGGAAUUUCUAUAAGAACUCCUCAGGGUACUUCGGAGUUUCUUCUAAAAAUUCCUUCAGAUGUGCCUGCUGUUCAGGGACUACUCCCAGAAAUAUGGCCCUCUAGGGAUUUUUUUAAGAAAUUUCUAUGGAUGCCUUCAGUUAUUUCUCCAGAAGUUCCUCAAACGAUUUUUCCAGGAUAUUCUCAGUGAAUUUCUCCUGGAUUCCUCUAUCGAUUUUCCCAUAAAGCUUCUUUGGAUUUCCUGGAGGGUUCUCUUGGGAUUAAUCCAGGAUUACCUUGUGAAAUUCUUGCAGGAAUAUCUCUUGUGAUUUCUACCGAAAUUUCUUCAGAUUCUUGUAGAGGUUUUUGCUGGGAUUUCUCCUAAAAUUCAUCCUAUCUAACUUGAGCCAUUUUUGCUCAUGAUAUUGGUCCAGAACUUUUUCCAAGAAAUUCCUGGAUUAUUGGAUUUUUCUAGGAAAUACCAGAUGAAAGCUGGAAUCCUAUCAAGGAUUUCUUCAGAGAUUUCAAUGAGAAUUCCUUCAGUUGUUUUUCAAGUAAUCCCUCCAAGAGAUUUUUUUUUCAUAAAAUUCCUCAAGGGAUGGCUCAAGGAACUUCUUCGGAGGUUGUAAUAGCAAUUGUCUCAGAAAUUACUCAAGAUAUUUAUCCGAGAACUCCUUCAAAGCUUUCUACAGGAAUCACCCAUGGUUUCGUUAGGAUUCUCAAAGGGUUUCAUCCUGUAAUUCCUCGGAUAAAUUGUUCAGGAAUUCGUUAAGAAAUUGAACUCUUGAAUUCUUGAAUUCUUGAAUUCUUGAAUUCUUGAAUUCUUGAAUUCUUGAAUUCUUGAAUUCUUGAAUUCUUGAAUUCUUGUAUUCUUGAAUUCUUGAAUUCUUGAAUUCUUGAAUUGUUGAAUUCUUUAAUUCUUGAAUUUUUCACUCUUGCAUGAAUAAACUCAAUCAUUAUUGAUCGGUGCUAAGUUAGACGGGAAUUAGAUAAAAACCCAAGAGUUCAACCACUUACGACCUGCACACCAUUCGACCUCCCAACCAUUCGACCAGUUGCCAUUUAUCUUCAUCCACAGCUCCAGAACAGUUAAGUGAAAAUACGCGUGUCGUAACCAACCGAACAGAAAAAAAGCCCUUUUUAAAAUCCAACCGCCACCGCCAGGCACGCCACGCCACGCCACGAGGUAUCGCCAGAGUUGAAAAAUUGUAAAUAAUUAAAUCUAGGCAAAAUGGAUGAGAAUAUUUAAAUUAUUAAAAAUCAAUUAUGUUUACGAGUUCACGAGGGAGGUUGUGAGAAUUGGUUAAAAAAAAAAGAACGCUCGAACGAUUCAACGAGGGGCGGCGCCCGGCCAAAAGUAAUUGCCUGUUUUUUUUUUCUGAGUAAGAGGAAAGGGAAAACGUUCGAGAGGUUGCCAGAGCGAAAAAGACAGCUACCCUUUAACGGGGAUUACGGAAAAUGUACAAAACCGAAAAAGCGGCAGCCGUCUUGUUAACUGUACUAGGAGUAUAAACCGUUUCGUUUCGUUUCGUUUCUAGUUUAAGGAUUGUAAUAGCAUUAGCACGACUAAGGCGGAUUCUCGUGGAAGCCAUGCGUGACAAAAAACGAGAGACCCGAAUUCCAUUAGAUUUUAAAAACCCCGGGACAAACACAAACUCAAACAGUAAGAAUUGAGAAAGAGAUUCAAAUCAAAUCGACUUUUCUCAAAAAGCAAAUAUGGUUUCUGUAAAGAGAAGAGUAAUCGCGCGCGUGUUAACUAAAGUCGCGGGGACAAAUGAAAACAAAACAUACACACACUAGGAUGUAGCUAAUGAAAAACAGUUUUUCUAGUAAAAUUGUAACAAUUGUGAAACA